GUGACACAUACACAUACGGGUAACUCGACCACUUCCGGGAUUUCAUAGUCACGUGAUCAACGCCGAAGGCACGCUGGUUUGAGGCUUUAUAAACCGCCACACAGGUGUCCUUUUCACCUCGAACGAAGAAAGUUCAUCAUGGCGCUGGCCGGGAUACGAGUUGUUGAGCUGGCAGGCCUGGCUCCAGCACCGUUCUGCGGAAUGAUCCUGGCAGACUUCGGAGCCAAAGUGAUCCGUGUGGACCGCACCAAGGCCGGCGCCUCUUUGGAUACGCAGACCCGGGGGAAGCGAUCGGUGGCCAUCAACCUGAAGACCUCCGAGGGUGUCGCCCUGCUCCGGAAGCUCUGUGUCCAGUCGGAUGUCGUACUCGAGCCUUACCGCAAAGGUGUGAUGGAGAAGCUUGGUCUAGGUCCACAGGAGCUGCUAAAGGAAAAUCCUGGUUUGGUUUACGCUCGCCUGACGGGAUAUGGACAGAGUGGGAUGUACGCUUCUGCAGCUGGCCAUGACAUCAACUACCUGGCCAUGUCCGGGCUUUUAUCCCGUUUGGGUCGUAGCGGAGAGAAGCCGUACGCGCCACUGAAUCUCUUAGCAGACUUUGCGGGCGGCGGGCUCACCUGCGCCCUUGGUAUCGUCCUGGCGCUGCUGGAGCGGACAAAGUCGGGGAAAGGACAGAUCAUUGACGCUAGCAUGGUGGAAGGAGCGGCGUACGUGGGCUCCUUUGUUUGGAAAUCCCACAGCAUCGGUAUGUGGGACCGUCCACGAGGAGAGAAUAUGUUGGAUAGCGGCGCACCCUUCUACGACACCUACCGGACAUCUGAUGCCAAGUACAUGGCCGUAGGCGCCAUCGAGCCACAGUUCUACCAACAGCUGCUGAAGGGUUUGGAAUUGGACGCAGACCAGUUACCACCGCAGAUGAGCUUUGACGACUGGCCGCAGCUCAGGCGGAUCUUCUCAGAGCGUUUCGCAUUGAAGACCCAGGCGGACUGGUCCAGAAUUUUCAAUGGAACAGAUGCGUGCGUGACGCCUGUGUUGUCGUUUGACCAGGUGAGCGUGCACCCACACAACCAGGAGAGGGGUUCCUUCAUGAAGGACUCCGGCGGGGAGGAAAGCCCUCGGCCGGCCCCGCUCCUCUCUCGUACCCCCGCAGAGCCUUGUGUUGCCUCUGGCCUGCUAACUGGAGAACACACAGUGGAGGUUCUGCAGGAAUAUGGGUUUAAAACAUCUGAAAUAGACAAGAUGCUCGCAGCAGGAGUUGUGGAAGCUAAUGCCGUUAAGGCAAAAUUGUAGAACAAAAAACGGUAACACUUUAGUAUGGGGAACAUAUUCUAAGUAACAAAGACUUAAUUUACAGUUAUUGGUUAGGGUUAGAGUUAGGGUUGUACUGUAUUAUACUGGUUAUAUAAUAAAGCCAUGCAGAAUAAGGCAUUAAUAAGUAAUUAAUAAUGACUAAUUAAGAGCCAAUAUGUUACUAAUUUGCAUUUUUAUAAGCAACUAAUUAAUGAUGAAUAUGUUCCCCAUACUAAAGUGUUACAGAAAAAACAAUUAAUUCAAAUAUUAAUAUUGCCUAAUUUUUUAAUGUUGUACAAGCUAUCUUUUGGUAUUGAAAAAGACUAGAAAAAGUUGUAUUGACACUGAAAUUGAAAGUAUUGGUUUUGUAAAAUGAAUUUAAAAAAUAAAAGUCUUUAAAAAAAAAAAUAAUAAAAAAAACAUUUGUGGGUAUAUCAGUUAAACUGUUAUUUGCUCAUGCACAAAAACCUGGCAUACACCAUUCGUCACAAUGAGAUGUAUCAAGAGUAAAAUCAACUAGGGCUGGGCGAUAUAUCGAGUUGGUAAGAUAUAUCGAUAUAUUUUUAAACAAGAUAUGAAUUGAGAAAAUAUCAUAAUAUCGAUCAAAUUUAGUUCACGUUAAAAUGACCAAACGCCGCUUAUUUGUUGUGUUCCUUGUUCUCCCCCACUUCCCCUCCAUGGGCUACUAAACCCCUCCCUUUCCUCCUUCCAAGACACGCUUGCAUGUAUAAGAACAUCCAUGUUUGGUUGGUUGUUUACUAUGAUGAGUCACGAUUGGUUAGGGACAGGCCAAUCAGAAGCAAGAUAGGGCGGGUCAUCGAACCAGGAAAGGAAAUCACAAAGUGCUUACCUGCAAAUGUAUUUUUUUUUAUCUGAGUUUGAUACGUUUUGUAUUAUUUGCACAGCUAUGUCAUUUAUUUUACGUAGAAAUAAUAUUUUUCUGUUUUAUUUAUUUUAUGUAAUUCUGUAUGACUUAAAGUUUUUUUUCUGUGCUGUUAAUACCCAUCUUUACUAACUGGGCUAAUAAAAGUGCUACUGACUGUUUACAGUACACUUGUCAUUCACUUCAAUUUCACUGAAUAUCGCUCAAAAAUGAAUAUCUUUAUAUGUAUGCUUUCACCUGAAAAUAUAUCGAGAUAUAUAUGGAGUUUAAGUAAAAAUAUAUCGAGAUAUACUUUUUCGUCCAUAUCACCCAACCCUAAUAUCAACGUGGAAAUCUGCUGUGACUCACCCCAACUCCAUGCUUCACGUACGCAUAAUCUACAGUCUGUGGAUACUUGGAUACAGCGGUGGUGGUCCUUUGGGCUUUGCCAACAUUUGACCUCAACAAUAUAAAAAGAUCAAGCGAAGGACGCAAAAUCCACUUUUUCGUCAAAAAACAUAUAAUGUUUUCAAUUCUUGUUAAUUUUUGACGUCUGUUAAUUUUAUAGGCAAUCAUUUUCCCACCUAUUACUGUCACAAUGUGUUCCUGUGACUCCAGCACCAACUUGGCCAGUCGGGCGUACAGCAGCAGCAGCCCGUGGCGGCACAAAUGGCACCGGAGACGGUGGAGAACUGGGCCAAAUCUGUGUCACGUAUGGCUGUGACAUCAAGUCCUUGCCUGGGUUUUAUUAAUAAAUUGAGUAACCACACAAGAGUAAAAGUCUAUCGUACCCUUUGUGGUAUGCUGGCAUGAUUAAAUUUAAAAGAUUGAAAACCAAAUAAUACUUAAUUUUCACAUGAAAUCUGGCUGAGCAGGAUAUUAUGUAUAAACGCAUUUUGUUGUAAAUUACACAAAUUAUAUUUGUAUUGGGGGUAAUCAUCUUCUGAAGGUUUUUUUUUUUUACAGAUUAUUGCAGCAACUAUCUUUUUAAACUAAAUACAGCACUAAUUGAUCUCCGGUCCCCUAGCUUGCCUGUUUUGGCCAUGCACAGCCAUCGUCUUCUUCACCUUCCUGACUUUUUCGUUUUUAGAAUCAGAAUCAGAAUCAGAAUCAGAAUCAGCUUUAUUGUCAUUACGCAAGGUAACGAGAUUGAGGCCAUUCCAUACAGUGCGAUGUGUGCAUGCUAGAAAAACAAUGUGCAAAUAUAUAAAAAUAUAAAAAAUGUAGAAGUGCAAUGAAUAUGGUGUGAAAUGAAUAUAUACAUGAAAAAAAACAAAACAAAAACAGGGUGGUUGGUGGAAUGGGUUAUUGCACCGAAGAGAAGGCAGUUAUGAGGGACAAUGGGGCAGUCCGUUCAGGAUGGUUAUGGCCCUGGGGAAGAAGCUGUUCUUUAGUCUGUUUGUUUUGGUUUUAAUGCACCUGUAGCGCUUCCCAGAGGGCAGCAGGUGGAACAGGUCAGAGCCAGGGUGGGUGCUAUCCUUGAUGAUGGCACUGGCUCUGUUGAGGCAGCGGGAGGUGUAGAUGUCCGUCAGAGAGGGGAGAGGGCGGCCGAUGAUCUUCUGAGCCGUCUUGACCACUCUUUGCAGCCUCUCCCUGUCUGCUGCAGUGCAGCUGCCGUACCAUACCGUAAUACAGUAGGUCAGCAGGCUCUCGAUGGACGAGCGGUAGAAGGUCAGCAGCAGGUCAGGCUUCAGGUUGUACUUCCCGAGGACUCUAAGGAAGUGUAGCCGCUGCUGAGCCUUCUUGAUGAUUGAUGUGGUGUUGACUGUCCAGGAGAAGUCAUUAGAGAUGUGGACUCCAAGGUACCUGAAGGUGUGGACCCUCUCUACACGCUCGCCGUUGAUGUAGAGGGGGGCAGGGUCGGUGCUGCUCCUCCUGAAGUCGACGAUGAUCUCUCUGGUCUUGCUCGUGUUGAGAGCGAGGUUGUUCUCCGAAGACCAGGCCGUCAGCUUCAGGACCUCCUCUCUGUAGGCAGCCUCGUUUAUUUCAGCCCGUCUGCAGUUUUCGGAGCAGCCAUAGACAUCUGCAAUCAAUUCCAAAUGUAACAAAGAAAUGGCUUAUUGCUUGCGCACACUUAAAUAAAUCUAUAUUUUCUUGCA